AUGGGUCAGAGGCAGGAGUGUCAAGGGGACCACGGUGGUUACCGUGACACUCGUUCGCUUAUUGAGGCCAAGAAUCUGACACCAUUCACCCAAUAUUACUACCAGUUCAACGUCUGCGGCAGUUCUAACAAGAGUCCGCUCGGCAGAACAAAGACGAGCCCUGAUGAAUAUGAUGAGGUGUCGAAGAUUGGUCUUGCCAUCUUCUCAUGCUCUAACAGGCAAAAUGGAUACUUUAACGCCUACGGAAACGCUGCCAGAAAAAACAAUGUAGAUUUCUUUGUCCAUCUCGGCGACUACAUUUACGAGUCUGCCAAAGGCAAGCUGGGACAAGAUCCAAGGGCGACAAAUCCUUCAAGGGAGAUAAUUACCGAACUAGAAUCGGACAAUAUCGCAGCGACCCCGACCUUCGGCUCGCACACCAAGGUUUUGCAUGGAUCCCAACCUGGGAUGAUCAUGAGCUUCUUGAAUUAUCGCGGUAUCAGUGUCGACUCGAGAAAAAUGAACGCUGUCCGAGCCUACUUUGAAUGGAUGCCCCUCCAAGAGGAUUGGUUCUACAACCAGCUCUCCAAGUCCCAGGAGCGCGGCGCUACAUGGAGAAUCAUCGGUAAUCAAAUCAUCUUCUCCCGCAUGAACAACAGCGCCGUCUACAGCAACUGGUUGAAUGCUGAUCAGUGGGAUGUGAGUUUCGCAAUCACCGGUGAUUUGCACGCCAACUGGGUGUCCGAUCUGGUUUGGCUUGAAGAAACUCCUUACGAUCAAACUACGGGUGCUGGCGCCGUCGGCGUUGAGUUCGCUGGCACUGCCCUACUACACCACAAUAUAUCUCCCGAGGAGCUGAACGCCCAGUACUUUGGCUCUCCUUCAGUGGCUUCUCGCAAUCCUUUCGAUGUUAGCCCUGCGAACUUCACGGUCAAGGCUGGUGCGAAUCACCUGCAGAGGUCGAAUGGGACGGUUGUUGCGACGGAUGGUCACGUCGAGAGUGGUGCGCUUCAGCGUGGUCCAACGAUGCCUACGAAUACGACCCUUAAUACGGCUACUGGGGAAUGGGAUGUUACUGGGUUCGAGAAGAUGUUUGUUACUUAUGCUUGA